AUGGCGGCGGAAGGCGAGCAGGGAGCGGGGGCGGGAUGCGGGGGCGGGGAGUCCGGCGUCGGUGGCGCCGCUCGCGCGCGCCUGGCGCCGGGCCGCCCGCGCUCGCCCGGGCCUCCUCCGGAGACGGCGCUGCGUGCGGCCUUUCUUUGUACGCCUCUGGAACUACGUGGCGCAGAUAGCGGGAUUACAGCGCCGGUGGCCACCCGUAAACCUGGCCGCCUCCUCGUGAGGCGGGCGGCAGGAGUUGGCGCCUACUUCGACUGCAGGCUGGCGCUGCACAUGAAGGAGCACCCGGACUACAAGUACCGGCCGCGGCGCAAGCCCAAGUCGCUGCUGAAGAAGGAGCCCAAGUUCGGCUUCUCGCUGCUGGCGGGGCCCCCGCUGGCGCCGCAGGCCGGGCAGCACGCGUCGCUGCCGCUGCCGCUGCCGCUGUCGCCCGGCUCCGCGGCCGCCGACCACCUGGCGCGCUCGCUGCUGCCCGCCUUCCCCUACCCGCUCUACCCGCUGCCCGCGCCCGCGCACAAGAUCAUCGACGACGGCAAGAGCGCCUUCGACCUCGCCAUGCAGGCGCUGUACUCGAGCCAGAUGUAUUCGCACGCGUCGGCCGUGGCGGCAGCGGCGGCCGCUUCCUGGGUGCCCUCACCCCCGCUCCGCAGCACGUCAUAUGAAGACCGCUCCCGGUUCUCCCGGACCUGGCCCGGGGGAGCCUGGGAGCCUCGUGGUGCUGGGGCGCCGCCGCCGCCGCUGCCGCCGCCGCCGCGGCCUCUUCCGCCUCCGGGGGGCCGCCCGCGGCCGCCACUGCCUCCUCCGUCGCGGAAGAAGACCGCGACAGGCCGUCGUCUGCCGCCAGCAGCGGGCACUGAGCGGCUGCGACGACACCGAGAAGGGAAUUUGCAGCGCGUGACGAUGCUGGUUCCGGGUGAGCGCGUCGCCGCCCCCGGGAUAAGCAGCCGGCCCCCGGGCGCCGGCCAAAUGAGGACUGCGUUCUCCGCUGCCUGCAAGAGCUGUAGGCCGGCAGCUCUGUACCAACAGAGACCAAUACGCUGCAACUUGGCAGAAUGGAGAAAUGAUUGCACAUUCGAGGAUUUGACAUACACACACCUGUGA